GCCCAAAGUAGCAGCAGUGUAACACUAAACCCUACUUUUGGCAUACAUUAAAGAAGAGAAGAGAAAACAUCCUUGACAACCAAAAUUAAGCCUCCAUUGCAGACCACCAGUAGCUAACCGUGACUCCGCCAUCAUGGGUCGCAUGCACAGUCGUGGUAAGGGUAUUUCAGCUUCUGCUCUUCCUUACAAGAGGACUCCUCCCAGUUGGCUCAAGAUCUCCGCUCCUGAUGUUGAGGAUAACAUUUGCAAGUUUGCAAAGAAAGGGUUGACCCCUUCACAGAUUGGUGUCAUUCUUCGUGACUCACACGGUAUUGCGCAAGUCAAGAGUGUCACUGGUAGCAAGAUCUUGCGUAUCCUCAAAGCUCACGGGCUUGCACCUGAGAUUCCAGAGGAUCUGUACCACCUGAUUAAGAAGGCUGUUGCAAUUAGGAAGCAUUUGGAGAGGAACAGGAAGGACAAGGAUUCUAAAUUCCGCUUGAUUUUGGUGGAGAGCAGGAUCCAUCGCCUUGCUCGCUAUUACAAGAAAACUAAAAAGCUCCCACCUGUCUGGAAAUACGAAUCUACCACUGCCAGCACACUUGUGGCUUAGAGACGUAAAGCUGGAGUAGCUUUGGCUGAUGGCAAUAUGUAGUUUUCUCGUGUCAUGAAUUACUUGCUAAAUCCAAUUUUGUUUGAUUUAAUCAUGCUACUUAAUGGAAGAUAGUUUUCUGGAUAAUAUUUGCUCCAAUCUUUACCAAGUGUUAAGGUUAGAUGCUUUAUUUAGAAAUUCAAAUGAAUGACUUGUUUUUCAAGUUCAA